AUGUCUGCCACCAUAUUUAACAACAUCGAAGAACUUCCUGCUGAUGCCCUUUUCGGUAUCAAGCAAAGGUACAAUCAAGAUACCAGAGCCACCAGAGUUGACUUGGGUAUUGGUGCGUACCGUGAUGACCAAGGCAAACCAUGGGUGUUGCCUUCGGUUAGAAUGGCUGAAAGGGCAAUCCAAGAGGAUCCAAGCUACAAUCAUGAAUACUUGGGUAUCAAUGGUCUUCCAAGUUUGUCUUCCGCUGCUGCUAAUGUUAUAUUUGGUGAAGACUCCCCAGCUUUGAAAGAAGGCAGAACCAUCUCAGUUCAAUCUUUGUCUGGUACAGGUGCUUUGCACAUUGCUGCCAAGUUUAUCUCUAAGUUCGCUGCUGACAAGAAGAUUUAUUUGUCUCAGCCAACUUGGGCUAACCACAACGCCAUCUUCAAGGCACAAGGUUUAGAGACUGCUUCUUAUCCAUACUGGAAGAGUUCUACCAAGUCCCUUGACUUGGAAGGUUUCAUCUCAGCCAUCGAAAGUGCGCCAAAGGGUUCUAUAUUCCUGCUGCAUGCAUGUGCACACAACCCAACUGGUUUGGACCCAUCUGAGAAGCAAUGGCCCGUUAUCCUGGAUGCUCUGGUCAAGGGCGAUCACUUGGCCUUAUUCGACUCCGCUUACCAAGGUUUUGCCUCCGGUGACUUGGACAAGGACGCCUUUGCUGUGCGUUUGGGUGUCGAAAAGUUGGCCUCCACUUCACCAAUCUUUGUAUGCCAGUCUUUCGCCAAGAACGUCGGUAUGUAUGGUGAAAGAGUCGGUUGUUUCCACUUGAUCCUACCUAAGCAGAAUGCCAAUCUCGCACCAAUCAAGUCUGCUAUCACAUCUCAAAUAUCUAGUAUUAUCAGAAGUGAAGUGUCCAACUCCCCAGCUUAUGGUGCCAAGAUCGUUUCUAAGAUUUUGAACACACCAGAGCUUACUAAGCAAUGGCACGAAGACAUGGUUACCAUGUCAUCUAGAAUCAAGGAGAUGAGAAUCGCAUUGAGAGACCAUCUAGUUAAGUUGGGAACUCCAGGUACUUGGGACCACAUCGUCGAGCAAUGCGGUAUGUUCUCUUUCACAGGCUUGACCCCAGAGAUGGUUAAGAGACUGGAGGUCCAGCACGCUGUCUACUUGGUCUCCAGUGGUAGAGCCUCUAUUGCCGGCCUAAACUCCGGCAACGUUGAGUACACCGCAAAGGCCAUCGACGAAGUAGUCCGUCACUACUCAACUUCCAAGUUGUGA